AAGAUAAGAGAACUGUGAUGAUCGAGGAGGGUUUGAUGAUAAUCAACCAGACGAAGAACUUGGGACGCACUUCGGUUGAUUAUGAUUCAGUGGCUAAAAUGUACUGCGCUCUUGGCGACUCUGCUUACAUAAAGGGUGAUGUGGAUCUUUCUUUGAAGAUUUACACCGAAGCUCUAUUGUUUCUGGAAACCGACCCAGUGGCAGACCUAAUGAGUAGGCCAGUACUUACAAAGCACCACGCUUUCAUGAACUUUGCGAUCUCGCUUUGUCUUGAGCAUGCUAGUAUGUACGCCGAAGCACAGAAACACUGCCAGACCUCUGUCGCCAAGUCUGGCGUUUUGCUGAAUAUGAAAGAUACUGCUGAGGAGAUUAAACUCUUGUACCUUGGUGGACUUGAGAAAAUGGAGGUGCUGAAGUGGAAGGGUGCGGUACCAAUGCCUCCCAAGCUCCAUGUGGUAGUACACCCACAAUUAUCUCAGACGUUUCUAGCUAAGAAGGCGGCGCUUGAAGCUGCUUUACAGCAGUGACCAGGUAGUAAAUAUAUGAGAGAAGACCAGAUUUGUGUUUGUUUUGCGCAACUUUAAAAUUCUGAAAGAGACUAUUCAUGCAUAUAGACUUUGUAGUUUGAACUUGAAUCAGAGUUGUGUUGCAGUGGCUGUAAAUAAAUAAAAUGUGAAGAGGGAGAUUUUUUUAUCGGUUGUCUUGUC